GGCCUGUGACGCACUGCGCAACACGGAAGUUGUGACGUUGCACUGAAUGACUCUCAUACUCGCAAAAUUAUAACGUUACGGAUCUUAAACUGAUUUAUAAAGUUUGCAGCUCUUAUAAUGGCCAGUUCGAACGUGGAGGACCCAACAAUACUGUGUCUGUUUGAUGUAGACGGGACUUUAACAGCAGCUCGCCAGAAAGCAACUCCUGACAUGCAUCAGUUCUUGGGUGAACUGAAACAGCGUGUGAGAGUCGGGGUGGUUGGAGGGUCAGAUUUGGACAAAAUCAAAGAGCAGUUGGGUGAUGAUGUGAUUGAUAGGGUGGAUUAUGUGUUUGCUGAGAAUGGUUUGGUAGCAUACAGGUUUGGGAAGAUGCACUCUGUUCAGAGUAUUCAAGCAUACAUGGGAGAGGACAUUUUACAGGAUUUUAUCAAUUUCUGCCUCAAUUACCUUUCAAAGUUAAAACUACCCAAGAAGAGAGGCACAUUUAUUGAAUUCCGUAAUGGAAUGUUAAACAUCUCCCCAAUUGGUCGAAGCUGUAGCCAACAGGAAAGAAUCGAAUUCUUCGAACUUGAUAAGAAGGAGAAAAUCAGAGAAAAGUUUGUCUCCGUUUUAAAAGAAGAGUUUGCUGGGAAAGGACUAGCUUUCUCCAUUGGUGGGCAGAUCAGCUUUGAUGUGUUUCCAGAGGGCUGGGAUAAGCGCUACUGUCUGGGAAUUGUGGAGAAAGACUCAUACCAGAAAAUCCAUUUCUUUGGAGACAAAACAAUGCCUGGAGGAAACGAUUAUGAAAUCUUUGCAGACCCCAGGACGAUCGGUCAUGAGGUCAAGUCACCCGAGGACACACAGCGGAUCUGCAAGGAGCUUUUCCUCAGAUGAGACCCUAAGCAUGACCUUUUCUAUCCAAAAUGAAAACUACAACGUCCAAGAACUGUGAACUUUGAACCGAAGUCUCACUUGACAAUCCAAGCCAUUAUUGUCUUUGUGUACUAAAAAAAAUGUACGUCAUGUCCAGUACUGGAUAAACCUGUACAUGUGUUUAUUUUAUGUGUAAUCUGAAAACUGUUUGGUGUUAGUGUUACAUCUGUGGACUAACUAAAAUUAGUGGUGAAGGUGCAAUAAUUUAAAGGGAAUUAGAGGAAAUUAGGCCUAAAGCUCUAUUAAUAGUUUGCUCAAAUGAAACUGAUUUAAUUAACUGCUUGACUGCUGACGUGGAAUAAGUGAACGCAACAGUAUAGCUUAACGGUUUAAAGUGGCUUAAUUCUAUGGCGAAAAUCUGCUACAUCCUGCUGUAUAAUAAACAUGAAAUAUAUUCUGA